CAGUGCGGUUCUAGUCUACAGCUGUCAGUAUUUAUUCAUAUUUAGCUCAUAUUCACUUUAUACACAUAUUCAUAUUGUUAUUUUUAAUGAUGAUGAUAAUAAUAAUAAUGUGUAGGAAAGGAACUCUUCUGGCCAAUAACGCUCUGGCUCUGAUCGCUGCGCUCCUAUUGGCUCUGGGAGAGACGGCCGGAUCCUUUGAGAUGCUCAUCAUUGGUCGGUUUAUCAUCGGCAUGGAUUCAGGUGUGUCUCUGAGCGUGCUGCCCAUGUAUCUGGGGGAGAUUUCUCCUCGGCAGGUGCGCGGCUCCAUCGGUCAGUUUCACGCCAUCUUCAUCUGUCUGGGCGUUUUCAUCGGGCAGCUGCUCGGACUGCCUGAGAUCUUUGGACAGGUGAGUCUGCAGAUGCUUUAA